UGUUACUGUAGUAACGUUCUGUGAUAAUAUAAGUAGUGACAACAAUUUGUACUUAAGUGUUCUACUAUAAAAAAGUUUUACUUUCUCGUAAUCCAUUCUGCCGAACAUUUACGAUGCAACUCUAUACUUAAGUUUCAUUAUCUAAACUACUGUCCCAGUAUACAACGCAGUUUUUUCUUAAAUGCAAACCUUCAAAGCUGCAUUAAAACAUGCUAGUGAUUUUUACACAACGUACGUUCGCACAACGGACAUGUCUGCAUUUUUUCGUAUAGAAAAUUAAAGUUCUUUUCAGGAACAUACAAUAACUGCAAACUAAACCACACCAAUGGAGCGCUGGGUUGGUCGUGUUGCCGUGGUAACGGGAGCCAGUGGAGGAAUUGGAGCCUGUAUUGCCCAGGAACUUGUCAAGAAAGGGCUCAAAGUCGUCGGACUAGCGCGUAGAGUGGAGAAAAUCCAAGAACUAUCAGCAACUCUCAAGACGGCACCAGGCAAACUUUACGCUGUGAAAUGUGACGUCACAAAAGAAGCAGACGUUAAGGAAACAUUCAGAUGGGUGAAAAGUAAUCUUGGAGGGGUGGACAUUCUGGUUAACAAUGCCGGAGGUGACAGUUCAAACAACCUCAUUGAUGGCCCAGCUGAAAGUUGGAAGUCAAUUUUCGACAUAAAUGUUCUGGCUCUGAGUAUCUGCACGAAGGAAGCAAUCCAAUCUAUGAGAGACCGAAACGUCGAUGAUGGUCACAUUGUUCAUAUAAACAGCACCCUAGGACACGUUGUACCCCCUGCGGAAUUUGGGUUUUCAAUGUAUACAGCAUCGAAAUACGCUGUCACAGCGCUGACCGAGGGACUGCGAAAGGAACUUGUCAACCUGAAGUCCAAUAUCCGAGUCACUAGUAUCAGCCCUGGAAUGGUGAAAACAGAUUUUCUGACUUCUUCAGGAACGAAACUCGUAACGGCAGAAGCCACGUAUUCGAGCAAUCCUCACUUGCUUCCAAAAGACGUCGCUGACGCAGUCCUAUUUGCUCUCGGAAGCCGUCCGCAUGUCCAGAUUCAUGAGGUGACCAUUCAUCCGGUUGGAGAGAAGAUUUAAACGGACAAAAUAAAGAACUUCUGCAUUACGUGCAUUUAUGUACCAUUUUCCUAGAGACUCUCUAGAAGAACAUUUGCAUAAUAAAAUCAUAUAAUCAGCUAC